GGAAGAUGAAGAUGAGAUUCAGGAGGUCCAGAUCACCGGGGAGGAGGAGGACGAGGAGUCCGACAGAGAUGGAGUGGAGUGGGAGUCAGGGAGCACAGUGCUGGACUCCAACGGUUCCGCCGCGCAGACACAAGCGGUCGUUAUGCGGAGUAUGGACCGAAGGGAGGAGGGGGAGGCGGACCCACUCGGCAGCAGCAUCCCCUCCGGGCGCGAGUCUCACCCGGAGGGAGAACUUCAGCGGUCAGAGCGAAACAAGCUGAGCGAGAACACCCGCCUGGCCACCAGGUACGCCGUGAGGAUCUUCAGGGAGUACCUCAGCGAGAAAGCCCAAAGUCCAGACUUUGAAACUCUGGACAAGGAUGCGCUCUGCGCUGUGCUGCGCUCCUUUUACGCCGAGGCGCGCUCCAAAAGUGGACAACUGUACAGCAAGUCCUCCCUCAUCAGCAUCCGGAGCUCUCUCAAUCGGUACUUGAACGAGCCGCCCUACUGCCGCACCUUGGACCUCACCAAGGACCCAGAGCUGCGCAGCGCCAACCUGACCCUGGCCGCGGUCAUACGGAGGCUGGAGGAGCAGGGUGCCGGUCCGGUGGUGCAGAAACAAGCCAUCACGCGCUCGGACCUGCGGAAACUGUACGAGUCCUCUGUGUUCAACACCGACACCCCGUUUGGGCUUCUGAACAAAGUCUGGUUUGAGACCUGCAUGUAUUUCUGCACCAGGGGAAGAGAGAACCAGCGGGAGCUGGAGGAGGACUCGUUCGGCCUGGCCGUGGACGAGGACGGAAGAAAGUUUGUGUAUUUUAAAGCUCUCGGACCCUAUCACAAGUCCCGCUCCGCCGCCUGGACCAAGAAGCGCCCGGACGCAGACGAGGACACGCUGCCGCGCAUGUACGAGACGGGCACGGAGCAGUGUCCGUACGCCAGCUUCGUCCGGUACGUGUCCAAACGGAACCCGCUGUGCAGGGCGUUCUUCCAGCGGCCCCGGGACCACUGCUGCGCGAGCGACGUGACGUGGUACGAGAACAAAGCCAUCGGGAAGAACCUGUUGGGCACGAGAAUGCAGAUGUUGUCGCGCGCUGCCAAGCUCUCGAAAACCUACACCAACCACUGCAUCGGUGCCGUCUCCAUAGCAACCCUCAACAGCAUCGUGGGGGCCGCGGGCUUCAAGCCCUCGACGACGCUUUACGUUGCCUCGGAAACGGUCAAUGGUCACGCGCAGUCCCACCUCCAGCUCGUGAUCCCGUACCUGCGCAGGGUCAGCGACGCUGCGGAUCUGAAUCAGCAGCAAAGCACAGAAGCAGAGACGUCGAACACAUCGCCUACAUCAGCAGCAGCAGCAGCAGCGAGGAGGGAGAGCAACGAGGACGACCCGGGAGCUCCCUCUGCCAAGAAGCGCUGUGUGCGCCCCGGGACGCGCGCCGAGUCGCCCGCGGAGCCGAAUGAGAGAGAGUCGGUGCCUGCCACAGCCACGGAGUCCCGUCUCGCACAGUCCGGCGCCCGGUCCCCUGUGCCCACAGAGCGUGUAUUUGUGUCCCAGGACAGACGUAGCAGCGGCAGCUGCAGCAGCAUGUCGAGUCAGAAGCUGGCUUCUUGGUCUCCGAUGUCUCCCCCGUGUACCACGGGAAUCCCAGCACCAGCUCAGCUCACCAAAACCAACGCACCAGUUCACAUUGAUGUAGGAGGACACAUGUACACCAGCAGCCUGCCCACACUCACCAGGUACCCCGAGUCAAGAAUCGGGCGUCUGUUCGACGGCACAGAGCCCAUCGUGUUGGACAGUCUAAAGCAGCACUACUUCAUCGAUCGGGACGGGGACAUGUUCCGCUACAUACUCAACUUCCUGCGAACCUCCAAGCUCCUCCUGCCUGAUGACUUCAAAGAGUACUCCCUGCUCUACGAAGAGGCUACUUUCUUCCAGCUGGCACCUCUAAAGACCGAGCUGGAGCGCUGGAGGGCUGAGCAGGAGCGCCGGGACGUUUCUCGAGACUGCGAGUGCGUCGUGGUCCGCGUGACGCCGGAGCUCGGUGAGAGGAUCAGUGUGAGUGCAUCCCGGGCGCUGAUGGAGGAGAUUUUCCCUGAGGUGACUGAUAUCGUCUACAGUUCUAUGAACGCCAGCUGGAACCAGGACCCCACACACGUGCUCCGCUUUCCGCUCAACGGCUACUGCCACCUCACCUCAGUUCAGGUGCUGGAACGGCUACAGCAGAAAGGUUUCUUUAUCACAGGGUCGUGUGGCGGCGGAGUGGAUUCCUCCCUGUUUAGUGAAUACGUCCUGCGACGGGAGAUCCAAGGCAGACGCCCCCUGAUCCUCAAAGCAAUAAAACAGGAACUCCUGCAUUAAAUUCAGAAGACCUGAUUGCACAUCUGUUCUGUGCAAGUGCGUGGACAGUUUGUCACAUGACACAGACUCCCUCACUGCAGCAGAACAGUGAAACAAAGCGGGACGUGCAAAACGUGGUCUAAUCUUCAAACGUGAACGUAAGGUAGCACCUGAAUUAAAAGACAACACGGCCAUCCUUUCACCAAUUUAUUUCAUCACAUUGAUGCAAGAUAUGUUUUCUUUCCUGUGAUUCCCAAAAUUGUCCACAUUAACUGUCAGUCUGUGUCACGCUACCAGAGUGAAAUCCAGCCAUUACAGUAAAUAAAGCUUUUUCAAAGAAUAAAUGUUUUUAAUAAUUUGUGAUGAAAUAAAAACACGCAAGAGUUGUUUUUUUUUAGAUUUGUUGGAAAUCAAGAACUCGAUUCUCGUCUUUAAAGGUAUUCAGACCUUUAACUCUGCGCUUUGUGAAUGCGUCUUUGGCAGCAGUGACAGCCUCAGGUCUUCCUGUCUGCUCUUCUCGAGCUUAGAUUGGAUGAAAGCAUCAGUUCUGUAGUCCCGCACACGCGUGCGUUAUAUGUAACCAAUUCUCAUUUUCUCCUUUAAUGCACACAUAUGUAACCAUGUGGGCCUCACAUCAAAUCUGUACACAAACAUUUGCAUUUCAGAUGUGAGGCAGUGGCCCACAGAUCGUCAGAAACAGGUUUUCACAGCUGAUGCUGGUUUCUGUGCUUUCAACAGUUGCAUUGAACAGUGUAAAUAUGAAGGCAUGAGCCUUGCCUGCAUGAACCUUUACAUUCAUAUUUAAUACUUGCGAAGACCAUCAGUUACUUUUACCUGAUGCAAGCGUGACAGGUUUAUUUUUGGUACGGCAAAAACACAAAAACGUGUAACAAACCGAGCUUCUCAGUUAUAUUUUUAAGCCUUAAUUUCAUUUAUGGCAUGCAACGUUUUUACUGUAGAAGCACAAUUUUUCUCCUCAUGCUUUGAGAACUUACAAGAAUCUACAAAAAAGAAAUGAAUGCAUUUUGUAUUUGGUUUUUCAAACGUGUUUUAAGGGACAGCGAAUCAGUCCCACAUUGUAUAUUCACGUCAUCUUUUGUUUUGCAUAAUUACCUGUAAGAUCAUUUUAUGAAUGAAGAACUGAGACUCUUUAAAAGGCUAAAUGCACAAAUCUGUCAUGAAUUUUAUUUUGAAGGCAAAACUUUGAUUCUUCAUUUGUUAGUGGCAUCGUGCACUUUGAACAGCUCAGACAUUUGGAAAAUGUGCUUGUCUGACAUUAAGAGGACAGAUCGACCUCAUAUUCAUGUACAAAGGUGAACAAACGAUAAAUAGAAAUCUCCUGCCGCUGUGCAAACGGUUAACUAACACGAGUAGCCAUCAAUCAGAUCACAACAAGAAAACAAAGGAGCACAUUUUCCAAACGUUGAGCUAAUCAUGUAAAAAUAUUAGGAAAACUGGUUUGAUGCUGCUUUCUGGCACUUCAUUGAUGACACCGGAGUGCAGGGAGGCUUCACGCCAAACAAUUAUGUAAGAAACCACAAAAUGCUCGAGAGGACCUGGUUCAAUAAAAGACA